GACGAUUCUCUCAUUUGAGCGAGCGACAGAGCUAAGGGCCGGACGAGAUGGCUGCUGACUGCGGGAGCAGGGAGGAGAUGUGGAGCCUGGCCGGCGCCACCGCGCUCGUCACCGGCGGCAGCAAAGGGAUAGGACAUGCCAUCGUGGAGGAGCUUGCUAGGUUUGGGGCGAGGGUGCACACCUGCUCCCGGAACACGGAGGAGCUGGAGGAGUGCCGCCGGCGAUGGGAGGAGAAGAACCUCCAGGUCACCGUCUCUGUCUGUGAUGUGUCCAUAGGUGCCGACAGGGAGAGGCUUAUGGAAACGGUCCGACAAACCUUCGACUCCAAGCUCGACAUACUAGUUAACAAUGCGGCACAAUUGUUCUACAAGCCGACUGUUGGAUGUACAGCGGAGGAAUACUCGAAUCUGAUGACCACCAACUUGGAGUCAACCUUCCAUCUCAGCCAACUCGCACACCCUCUUCUCCUACACGCUUCUAUUGCCGGAGGAGGCACCAUCAUCAACAUGUCCUCUAUUGGAGGCUCAAUCGGCUUUGCAGGCUACACAAUUUAUGCUACCACCAAAGGUGCAAUACACCAGCUUACGAGGAGUUUGGCCACUGAGUGGGGCCCCGACAAGAUUCGUGUGAAUGCCAUCGCCCCAGGUUUUAUCACAACCGAUAUGAUUAAAGAUAUUGAUACCGAGUUUAUGAAGAAAGAGCACUUGAAGACCCCGCUGGGACGGAGCGGCAAGCCGGUGGAGAUCGCCACAGCAGUGUCAUUCCUAUGCAUGCCGGCAGCUUCUUUUAUCACCGGCCAAGUCAUUUGCAUCGAUGGUGGUCGAACUAUUAGUUCUUAACUAUCAAUUCCCCCGAAUCAGGACUGGACCGCUUUAUAAGCUCUUGAUUACUUGGAAAAUACAUCCAUAGGAGAGUGGAGCAAAAAUAAAAACUAAGUAAAUUAUGCCAACUAAUAAGUGGCAUCAUUGUGGACACCUUGGCACAUUUCACGGGACAAAGUACGUAUGAAUGUGCAAAUUUGGGCCUCAUUUGUACUGAAUAUAUGAGUCA